AUGUCUCCAGACCUGAACCCUAUCGAGCACCAUGUGUCUACCAUCCAGCAGCUCCAUGAUGUCAUUAAAGAUAAAGAGGAUCCCAGCAACAACCCGGUUCCAGAAGCAAAAGUCUUGGGUGCAUCUGGUGUUGGUUCAGAUAAAGUGUCAGUGAAUGAGGGAGAUUCAGUCACUCUAAAUACUGGCGUUAAAACAAACCAAGAAGAAGAGAUUAAAUGGUAUUUCAGCGACAUUCGCAUCGCUCAGAUCAGUGGAGAUCUCAGUUAUAACUGUACAGAUGUUCAGUGUAAUAAUGGCACUGAGAGAUUCAGACACAGGCUGAAGCUGGAUCAUCAGACUGGAUCUCUGACCAUCACAAACAUCACAAACACAGACUCUGGAGAUUAUAAACUAAAGAUCAUCUUCAGCAGCAGCGACAGUGAAAACAUCUUCAGUGUUACCGUCAGUGCUGUUUCUGCUGCUGAACGAGAUGAAGUGAAGAGAAAAUCAGUGAAGGAGGGAGAAUCUGUCACUUUAGAUCCUGGUGUAACAAAAGACCUGAAUGAUUUGAAGACUUGGUAUUUUAAUGAGAUUCUCAUUGCUGAAAUCACUGGAGAUCAGAGUAAGAUCUGUACAGAUGAUCGGUGUAAAGAGAGAUUCAGAGACAGACUGAAGCUGGAUCAUCAGACUGGAUCUCUGACCAUCACAAACAUCAGAAACACAGACUCUGGAGAAUAUACACUAAAGAUCAUCAUCAUCAACAGCAGCUUCAGCAUCACUACAGUGAAGAGAUUCAAUGUCACUGUCACUGCUGUUCCAGGUUCAGGUCUGUCUUCAGGUGCUGCAGCAGGAAUAGUUGUUGCUGUUCUGCUGGUGUUUGCAGCUGCUGCUGCUGUUGCUGUGGUUUACUGUCGCCGCAGGAUCCAUACAGCAGUUCAACAGACUGAGGAUGAUGAUGGUAACUCACCACCUGAUCCAAAUGGUAUUCCUUUGAAGGAGGACGCAUCCUUAAAUCAGCCUCAGGCCGAGACUGCUAGUAAAACAAUCUAACAUCAUUUAUAAUUUUGAUACUUUGAUCGAAAGGGACACUAAAGAGUAUUAGGAAGUGAUGUAGAGAAGAGGAUCAGCUGAAACACUCUUCAAGAGUGAUCAAGAUUUCAGUAGUCUGUACUAAUAUGAGUAAAAAAACAAAACAAAAAAACACUGAAACCAAUUUCAAUAUGACAUCAAAAACUGAUGAUUAGAUUUAGAUUUUAUAUAUUUUGUGAUUUAAAUAAAUUAAAAGUUAACAUUUGACCUUAAAGAGCUUAUGAGAAAUAAGCAACACGGUACCAGCAAUAUAUCAGCGAGUGCUUGAUGUAUUUUAAAGCUGCUAAAGUGACUCAGACAGAAACAGUGACACAUCAUCAUCUGUUUCAUAUAUGUUGCACUAUAUAAACGUAACAACAUUCUGAGAGAUGCAAGUUUGGUCACUUUUUAAAGAAGACCCUUGGCAGUUCACUGAUGAAGUGGCAAAGGUAAAAAAAUAAAUAAAUAAAAAAAAAAAAAAGUUAUAGAUCCAGGAUGUCAAAACUUGGUUCUGGAGGGCCAUUUUCCUGCCGAGUUCAGCUCCAACUUGCUGUUCGAUUGGGAUUGGUUUUUAGUUCAUGAAAUUCAUUUCUAAACAUUUCUAAAGUUGUGUUCCAAAUUUGAGGUAGAUAUCUCAAUAAAUAAAUAAACAGGCCAAAUCUGAGACGAUUUUAUGGAAAAUAAUAAUUUAUAUUCUGAAACCUGAGAAAUACUUAAUGUAUUGUUUGUCUGGAGGAAUGUUACAACAGAAUUUUUACAUGUGUAUAAAAUCUCAAAAAUACUGGGUUGUUUCAACAGUUGAAUAAAAUUUUUAACCCAACUCUUGGGUUUGUCCAUAUCUGACCCAAAUUUCAGUUGAAACAACCCAGCAUUUUUGAGAGUGUAUUUACUAUAAUAGCAAGACUGUUUUAAGUCUUCAUACAUUAGAUAUUCAUCUUCAUUAAACAAAAGAUCUGUGACAUUUUAUGAGUUGCUGAUUAGUUCUUUUCAUGUUAUUUGUUGGUAUGUGAGGAGAUGAAGACUGUUGUGUCACUUGUCUUCCAUCUCAUGUCUCUUUCAGUUCUGUUCAGCUGUGAUUGUCAAGCGUAUUUUAAUUAUUGUAUGUGUUGUGAUUAUGUUUGUCUUGUAUAAUAUUAUCACUGUUUGAUGAAGAUGAUUGCCUUGAUUAAAGUACUCUGCUCAGCUCAA